CCGUCCUUUCGUCUAGGAUCCUGCGGAGAAAGAAAGAAAAAGAAUAUCUCUUUUUUGGCUCGUAUAUCGGUCUCAUUAACAACAGGGAUUAAUAGUCGUUCAUCAUGGCCUGGCGCAACCAGGGAAUCACCGGGUCCAAUAACAUCCCUCUGGGCCGGAGACGGUUUGGAGGUGAGGAGGGCCCGGAGGAUGAGAGUCGCACCGCGACGCCUGCUUCUAUGCCUGGUGCUGGUGAUUCGGCCUACAAGCGUGGUCGGAGCCCUGUCCGAGCUGAACCCCCCGCCGACGGCGUCAAGAAGCGCAAGAAGCGUAACCGUUGGGGCGAUGCGCAGGAAAACAAGGCUGCCGGUCUCAUGGGUCUGCCGACCAUGAUUAUGGCUAAUUUCACCAAUGAACAGCUGGAAGCGUAUACCCUGCAUUUGCGGAUUGAGGAGAUUAGCCAGAAGUUGAGAAUCAAUGAUGUUGUGCCGGCUGAUGGGGAUAGAUCUCCCUCUCCCCCUCCUCAGUACGAUAACUUUGGCAGACGUGUAAACACUAGGGAAUACCGUUACCGGAAGCGUCUCGAGGAUGAGCGCCACAAACUCGUCGAAAAGGCGAUGAAGACUAUUCCUAACUACCACCCGCCUUCUGACUACAGACGUCCUACUAAGACCCAGGAGAAGGUCUAUGUGCCUGUGAAUGACUAUCCAGAGAUUAACUUCAUUGGCUUACUCAUAGGACCUCGUGGUAAUACCCUGAAGAAGAUGGAGUCGGAGUCUGGUGCCAAGAUUGCCAUUCGUGGUAAAGGCUCCGUCAAGGAAGGAAAGGGUCGCUCUGAUGCCGCUCAUGCCAGCAACCAGGAAGAAGAUCUUCACUGUUUGAUUAUGGCGGAUACUGAGGAGAAGGUUAACAAGGCGAAGAAGUUGGUGCAUAAUGUCAUUGAGACGGUAUGUACCCCAAAGAUCUUGUACAAUGAAGUCCAGGUACUAAUGGACACAGGCUGCUUCGAUCCCCGAGGGUCAGAACGAGCUCAAGAGGAAUCAGCUCCGAGAGCUGGCUGCACUCAACGGUACUCUCCGUGACGACGAAAACCAGGCUUGCCAGAACUGUGGUCAAAUCGGACACCGCAAGUACGACUGUCCUGAGCAGCGCAACUUCACCGCCAAUAUCAUCUGUCGCGUCUGUGGUAACGCUGGUCACAUGGCCCGUGAUUGUCCCGACCGUCAGCGCGGCUCUGACUGGCGCAACAACAACGGUGGCUUCGGCGGCCGCAGGGCCAUUGGCGGCGGUGACGCUGUUGACC